UACGACACUCUUGAAAGUUACAUGAAUGCAUUUUCAAACUUGCGGUUAAAUUGUAAACAAAGAAAUAUGUUCCGCAUUUGGGUAAAACGUUGGAUUAUUCGACUUAUUGAAUUCAUACGACAAGCUUUAAAUGUAUAAGCGAAGGCUUCUUAAAAAAUGGAUAUGCAUUAUAGUGAGAAUACACGUUUUGUUGGAAGGACAAAGUAUAUUACAGAAUUAAACAAUGCUUGGUCUAAUAACAAAGUAUUUGGAAUAUACGGACUUAAAGCGGUAGGGAAAUCAAGCUACUUAAAACGUUUCAUGGAGUUUAAACGAGAUGUGGCUCAUUGGUUAGAUUUAGCAGCCGUACAAAAUGAAUGUUCUUUGUACAUAUCAGUCUGCUCGUCUUUUGAUGAGAGACCGGACGAAAGUGCAAUUGAUUGCAACAAUAAUGCUUGGAUAGUACAUAUUCUUGAAAUAGUACAUGAAAUUCCAAGUGAAGUUAUCAUAGUGUUUGACAAUGCUGAAGAUAUUAUAGAAGGUAAUUUCAACACGGCAUUUAUGCAGCUAUGCUCCGCACUGAUAGAUCAAUGUGAAGCCAAAAUAUUCAUAACAUCUACAACAAAGGUUAUAUUUCCAAAACACAGUAACAUUUAUUUUACACAAGAAAUGCUUCCCUUAACACCAGUGGAAUCAAAAUCUCUAUUAUUAGUAGCUGCACCGGAUGUUGAUUUGGAUUCAUACGAUGAUGCUAUAGUGGAAUUGAGUGAGGGGUUACCACUUCUAAUACUUAUGAUUGCAUCUGAACUAGAGGCAGAUGGAGGGCAUAUAACACCAGCUGAAAUGGUGGAAUUGUUGCUUGAAUGCCGUCUACAAACCAUCAGCAAUAGUCAUGUGCACCCGAGAGUUGAUGUUUUAUACCGAUGUUUCAUUCUACGGCUGAACGAAGUACACAGAGAGAAUCUGGUGACUUUAGACUUCAUCCCGGGAUCGUUUACAUCGCGCCACGUGACAUUUCUUCUGGAUGUCGGCUCAGAGGCCAUGGCCAAACAGUUUGCAAUAAAGCCGAUACGCGAGCGACAUAUGCUGCGCCAUGAGUCGGAUUCCCAUAGGUUCAACAUACAAGGAGUACUACGAGAGGUCAUAAGAGCUAACUUUGUGAUCAAGAAUUUGGCAGAGGUCAAAUCAAGAUACAGUCGCUUAUUCUGUGGAGUUAUGAAAGACAUUGCUGAUAAGAUGGGCACAUCAGAAUACACGAAAGCUUUAGCAGAAUUUUCAGUGGAACAACCAAACCUUCGAAAGCUGUUGCUUGAGGUUCACGAUACUAAACAAGACAAUUAUCAUUUUUUUAUAGAAAUAGCUUCAUCUUGUACGGAGCUCAUCGAGAAGUAUAUGGCAGACCAGGGCGAUGCAUUUUAUGGAGGCUGUCUGGAACUAGCAGAAAGAUACGGAAAAAACAACGAUAAAGCCUCCGUGUAUAUUGCCGUCGGAAGUAUCGAAACUCUUACGAAAGGACAAUUCAAAGCUGGAGAGAAAAACUACUUAAAAGCGUUAGAUAUACUCAAAAGGAAUGAAGACAGACAUCAAAUGGCCGUUGUGUACAAGAAAUUGGGAUGGAACGCCUACAAACAAGGAUUUUGUUCUCGAGCUGUGGAGUUUUCUCAGAAGUCGCUUAGUAUUUACCAGCUUGGUAGAGAUGAAUACGAGCUCAUUACUUUGGAAAAUCUUAGCAUCAUGGCGCUAGCAUGGACUGUUUUAGGCGAGUUUGACUUAGCAGAGAAAUACCACAAUUUUUGCCUUAACCGACGCAAACGACGAUUCGGUGAAGUAAGUUCCGCAGUGGGGAAAUGCCUAAACAAUUUUGGAGAUCUGUUCGAGAAUAAGGGAAAUCACCCGAAAGCUUACGAAUUAUACAAGAAAGGGCUUGACAUGAAACGCAUGUGCAAAACUGAGACAAUAUCCAUUGCGGAUUCUCUCAGUAAUGUUGCAAAAUGUUUAAUAAAUAUGGGGAACUAUGAAGAUGCACAUAGACACUUAGAGGAUGCCUUUCACAUGCUUAAUAAGGAAAAGAUACCAAUGCUUGACGGCUUGUCGUUGGUCCAUCACACAAAAGGCAAAGUAUAUGCGAAGGAAAAUAGACUGAAAGAGGCUCAAAAAGCUUUCUCUGAAUCUGUUAGCAUUUCGCGAAUGUCAGAACUCAAAGGUGUUGUCUAUAUGGAACGAUUGAUAGAUCUUGCACGAUUACAACAGCGAAACAAACAGUUCAAAGCUUGCAUAGGCACUCUAACAGAAGCAUUGAGUUAUCAAGGGGAAAUAACUCAAUCUAAAGAGCAUUCAUUUGAUAUCAUCCGUUGCUUUAAAUGCUUGAGCGAGAUUUAUAAAGAAAGAAACGAUAAGGUUCAGCAUGUUCAAACAUUAUAUGCCAUGGAGAAGGAGUGCUUUCGAUUAGAACGAGUAUGUAAAAACUUUGGAAACAAACUUUGGACUGAAGAGGUUCAAAGAGAGUUGGACAACACCCAAACAGAAUUGCAAAGGCUUCAUAUUAGUGAUAAAACCUACUAGAUUUGAUUAAUGUAUGAAUGAAUUCUUCAAAAUAUUCGUUUGUUGAUGUGUGUGAGAUUGUUGAGAUAUUAACAGUCUUGUACUUAAAAAAGCUUACCUUAUUGCUAUUUGGCGUGUUUAAGGUAUCAUAUGUGUUGAAGAUUUUGUUUGAUCUCUCAAUUUAAAUAUCUGAAUAUAAGUAGAUUUAACACAAAAACGCAAUCACGUUUGUUUUCUAAAUGUUAAGCCGGAUUCUAAUGAUGCUUUUUACCGGAGUCGUAUUACUUGGAUAAUCUGUCAUAUCAAUCACAAAAGGUCCAUUUGUUAUAAGUUGAUCUCAUUAAUAAGCGUUUUAAUUAACAUACACCCUAGUAAGAUAAUCAACAUUCCAGGGUAGGGGUUCCUUAAGAAAACAGGGUUAACUAUGUGAUUUAUUUAUUUCUUUGUGGUUAUUUGGUCUUUGUGUCUUAUAAUUCGCACUGUUAAAAACCGCAUAGCAACGUACGUCCCAUUUGUCGAUCACUUGUCGGCUAAUAAAUAAAUGAGCAAAAGCC